UAAAAGUCCGCUAUACACGCGAGCUGUCGAAGGAUCGAAGGCGGUAUUGACGCGUUCGGGAAUGCGAAGUUUUCUGGUCGAGACUGAGAGUGACGGGGUUGUGUUGACAUGGACGCGGUACUGCCCGAGGAUUGGGCGUUAGAAAUAGAAACACUCAAACACGUUUUUUUGGACCAAUUCAAAGAGCAAGAGAAGCCGAACGAAUUUGAGCUUACGCUUCUACCGAAUCCGGAUGCGAGCAGUGAAGACGAAAACAGAGUUGGCCUGGUGCUUCGAGUUCGUUUGAAUAGAGGUUAUCCGGACGAGAUGCCGUCAUUGAGUUUGAGCCCGUUGAAGUCGGUGACGGCUAGGGAGACGAGGGAUUUGCUGGAGAGGCUUUGCGAUCAGGGUCGCGAGUUACUUGGGAUGCAGAUGCUUUAUCCCCUGGCUCAGUUUUUGGUUGAUUGGUUGAUCGAGAGGAACAUGAGCGAAUUGGAGAAGAUGAAGGACUCGGCUGAGAGGCUGGACGAGUUAGACAGAAUGGCGGAGCAAGAGGAGUAUGAGAGGAGAAACAAGGACGGAACGAUGGUGACCAAAGAGAACUUCGACGCUUGGUUUAGAGAUUUCCUGGCGCGCCACCCGGAGAAGAUUCAGAUGCCAAAGGAGGGCGGCGUGGCGGUGCCGAAAGACAGGUUGACAGGACGCGAGUAUUUCGAGCAGAGCGCGCUGAAGGGUUUGAGUCUGGAGGGGUUGCCCACGAGCGAAGAGCAGGCGAACGUGAAUUGGAAGUUGUUUGCUCUCGAGGAGGCGUACCAAAAAGACGAGUGAGGGGGUAGUGGGUGUAAGAAUUGUUUUUACGGUAUUUUUGUGAACAUGUAGCGUUAUUCGAAUAAAAAAAUUUUUUUCGUGACCUGAUGCCUAGAAAAGGAUGGAAGCCGGUUUCGGCGAGAUGAGACUGGGGGUGGUGGUGAGUUUUUUCGUGUACUUGAGUUAUUUUGUGUUGAUAGUGUUUGGACAUGUGAACGAUUUUAUAGACAGGUUGUUCAGGAGGAGGAGCAAAGAAGAGGCGGGUUAUCCGCCGUUGAUGUCAGACUUCGAGGCGUUUUACACUCGAAGGCUGUACUCGAGGAUUCAGGAUUGCUGGAACAGGCCGAUUGUCGGCGUGCCCGGCCCGUGGAUGGGCGUGAUGAAGAGGACGUCUCGAGACGAGACGUGGAAGACGGACUUGAAAGUGACGGGAGAGGUGGUGAGGUGUUUGAACCUUGGGUCGUACAAUUAUUUGGGCUUCGCGUCGAACGAAGGCCCCGUUUUUGAAGGUGUGGUAGAAAGUGUCAAGAAGUACGGAAUCAGCACGGUGAGUCCGUAUGCGAUGCUAGGCAGAACCGCGUUGCACAGAGAAUGUGAGAAGAAUAUAGCAGAGUUCGUGGGAAAGCCUGACGCGAUUGUUUUCGGCAUGGGGUACGAGGCGAAUUCUACGACCAUUCCUGCGCUAGUACAGCCCGGCGAUUUGAUAGUUUCGGACGGAAACAAUCACGCGUCCGUGGUGUACGGAUGUCGUUUAUCGGGUGCGAGCGUGAGAGUGUUCAAGCAUAAUGAUGCAAACGACCUCGAGAGAGUAGUACGAGACGCGAUAUGUCGGGGUCAUCCGAGGCUCCACCGCCCCUGGCGUCGGAUACUGAUAGUCGUCGAGGGGGUUUACUCAAUGGAAGGAGUGGUUUGCAACUUGCCAGAGAUAGUGCGAAUCAAAAACAAAUACCGGUGCUACUUGUUUGUAGACGAAGCGCACAGCAUUGGCGCGAUGGGAAUGACUGGGAGAGGGGUUUGCGAGUAUUACCGCGUGUCUCCUAGGGACGUGGACGUGCUCAUGGGUACAUUUACGAAGUCCUUUGCGAGCGUUGGAGGGUACGUUGCAGCAGAGAAGCCGAUUAUUGAUUUUUUGAGGUUUGGUGCAUAUUCUUCCAUUUACGAGACGAGUUUGGCCCCUGGAGCGGCGAGACAGGUCCUGGGCGCGCUGGCGUGUAUCAGGGGAUUGGAUGUCAGAAAAGGGCUGGAGUGCGAGCUGAAUCCGUCCGUUUGCGCUCCGUUCCCGUCUGGACACGAAAGGUUGUCUAAUUUAAGAAAAAAUGUUUCAUAUGUGCGCAGAGAGCUCCAAAGGCAGGGGUUUCGAAUUAUGGGGUGUCCGGAUUCACCCAUCAUUCCUGUCAUGGUGUAUUUUCCCGGAAAGCUCCCGGCGAUUUCCAGAGCUUGCUUUGAAAAGGGGAUAGCCAUUGUUGUCGUUGGAUUCCCGGCCACUCAGUUACUAGGCUGUCGAAUCCGGCUCUGUAUUUCCGCGGCUCACACGAUAAGGGACCUCAAAUGGGCCAUCGGCGUCCUCAACCAAAUAGGGAAGGAUUCGUGCAUCAAGUACGGGAUGCAUAGCGCCUCGUUAGAGCCCAGAAAGCCGAAACUGUCUAUCUCGCUCGUCAAGAGAGUCGAAUAAAAAAAAAAUUUUA